GUUAUAGGGAUCACAUUCGUUUAGUUUAUGGCUAUCGCAUUUUGUUCAGUAGUAUUAUUAAAGCGAAAAAUUGUAACAUCUGGAGCGUUUUCGAGAGACAAUAAUAACUGUAUUCUUCCGCGUGCAGCAGUUGCUUCCUCUUGACGCCAUGUUCUUACGUGGAGUGGUUGAUCUGGUGGAGGUUGACUCGUGAAAAGCGUUUAAUUUGAGUUUGUUACUAGUUUGACUUUAUUUUGAACUUGAACCGUGUUUUAAAAAAAAAGAGUGCGAAAUGGGAAGGUCGGAUAGAAGAGACAGAGACAGGGACCGGGACAGGGAUCGAGAUAGGGACAGGGACAGAGACAGGUCUCGUGACAGGGGCCGAGACCGAGACAGGGACAGAGAUCGUGAUAGAAGUCGGCGAAGGAGCCGUAGUCGCAGUAGAGAUCGUUAUCGUGAUGACCGAAGAGGUGGUGGUGGACGAGGGAAAAGAAGUCAAGCUGGAGCUAAUCUCCGGAAACCACAUUGGGACCUAAGCAGACUUCAACCUUUUCGCAAAGACUUCUAUGUUCCUCAUCCAGAUGUAGCAAACAGGUCACCACAGGAAGUUGAAGAAUAUAGAAGUUCCAAAGAAAUAACGCUUAAAGGUCGCAAUGUUCCAAAUCCUAUCAGAACAUUUGAUGAAGCUGGUUUCCCAGAAUAUGUACUUAAAGAAAUAAAAAAGCAAGGGUUCUCAGAACCUACAGCUAUCCAAGCUCAGGGUUGGCCCAUUGCAUUGAGUGGAAGAGAUAUGGUGGGCAUUGCGCAAACUGGUUCAGGAAAAACUCUUUCGUAUGUUUUGCCAGCUAUUGUGCACAUAAAUAAUCAGCCUCGUCUUCAGCGUGGGGAUGGACCAAUUGUUCUGAUACUGGCUCCAACUAGGGAAUUGGCACAGCAAAUUCAGCAAGUAGCAAAUGAUUUUGGAGCUUCUUCACAGAUUCGCAACACUUGUGUUUUUGGUGGUGCACCAAAAGCUCCACAGGCAAGAGAUUUGGAGCGAGGUGUAGAAAUUGUCAUUGCAACACCUGGACGCUUAAUCGACUUCCUUGAAAGUGGGAAAACAAACCUAAAGAGGUGCACAUAUCUAGUUUUGGAUGAAGCUGAUAGAAUGCUUGACAUGGGAUUUGAACCACAGAUUCGCAAAAUUGUUGAACAGAUACGGCCUGAUAGACAAACAUUGAUGUGGUCAGCAACAUGGCCAAAAGAUGUCAGAAAUCUAGCAGAAGAAUUUCUCAAAGACUACACGCAGAUUAAUGUUGGCUCACUCCAGUUAUCAGCAAAUCAUAACAUUCUUCAGAUAAUCGAUGUCUGCCAAGAGUAUGAAAAGGAGCAGAAGUUAAGCACGCUAUUAAAAGAAAUAAUGGCUGAGAAAGAGAAUAAAAGCAUAGUGUUCAUAGAAACAAAGAGGCGCGUUGAUGAAAUUACGAGAAAAAUGCGACGUGAUGGGUGGCCAGCAUCUUGCAUCCAUGGAGACAAAUCUCAACCAGAGAGAGACUGGGUUCUUCAAGAAUUUCGCACAGGAAAAUCACCGAUUCUUGUUGCUACUGAUGUUGCUGCUCGAGGCUUAGAUGUGGAGGAUGUAAAGUUUGUCAUUAACUUUGACUACCCCUCAAGUUCGGAAGAUUAUGUUCAUCGUAUUGGGAGGACAGGACGAUCUCAAAGAACAGGCACUGCAUAUACCUUUUUUACACCAAGCAAUGCAAGACAAGCAGCAGAUUUGGUUGCAGUAUUAAGAGAAGCAAAUCAGGUCAUCAAUCCUAAGUUGUAUGAAAUGGCUGAAAUGGCAAAAGGAAUGGGAGGAAGAGGUCGGAACAGAUGGCGUGGUAGAGGUGGCCGCGGCCUAGGUGGCGGCCGUAGUCGGACGAGAUCACGAAGCCGCAGCCGGUCCCGCACGCGUAGUCGGAGCAGAGACAGGGACAGAGACAGAGAUAGGGACAGGGACAGAGACAGAGACAGACGAAGCAGAAGCCGCAGCAGAGACAGGAGGAGGGACAGGACCCGUUCCAGAAGUCGCAGCCCUCGUGACAGGCGGGAUGACCGAUCAGGCAAGUUGCGGGAGUCUUCACCUGAUCGUGCAUGGCGACAAGAGCAACACCCACAGCAGAAUCAGGAGCAGCCUCAGCAGGUUCACCUGGGGAGCAAUGGUGGGCUGCCUCCUCCAGCUGCAUUGCAACAACCUCCCUCUUCACCAACAUCCCAGACCACAACUGAUUCUCAGAAAUUGCCACAGACUGAUACCAAUCAGUCUGCUCCAUCACUUUCUUCUGUUACCUCUAACACAACACAACAGAUGAUGUCACCGUUGGCCAAUGGCUAUGGGUACAGUCACCAUUAGGCUGCAGCAUGCAAGGUUUGUGUCUUCUUGUCACCAGGUUCUCAAAUAGUGCAUUUGAGAAACUUCAUACAGUUGACUUAAUUUGUUCCUAAUUAAUGAUAAUUUGAAAUGUUGAUUACUUUAUAAAUGGGGAUUCAGACUUUUCCAUAUGUUCACAUAAUUUGGCUUGGUUUUGAUGCACUAAAAUUAAUGUUAAUUCUAGAUAUUUUUCCUGGUGCUAUUGCUUAUUUGUUUUAGAUGAUUAUGUGAUCGGGGAUAACUACUGGAGUUCGGCAACGGGGGAGAGAUGAAGCGAGAUAAUGACAACACACUCCAUACAACGUCAUUUUUGUACCUGUCCAAAUUAAUUUGUUUUUGGAUGCUUCAGUAUUAUCAACAUGAAAUUCUUGAUCUGACAUGGAGUUUCACUUCUAAUAUGCAAAUAAAGUCCUAACCUUUCCUGAUUUGAAGCUGUUGGAGGUAGCUCACAUGCUGUUGUGUUGCUUUGUUACAGACUGUGUACAGUAUUUAAUUUGGAAAUAAAGACUUAAACCUGCA